AUGGAGAUGGGUGGGAAGAAUUUAAAAUGUCUGGCAACUAUUGCUUUCAUUUGUGCUUUUGUUUGGUCUUUUAGUUUGCAAAAUUGCCAAGCUAGAGGAGGCAAGCAUUGGGCACAUAGAAAAACUGGAGGCUACCGCCACGGGCACAUUCAUCGUCACCGUGGAGGCAGCAGCUCGUCGGGGUUGAUGGACAGUGGCCAUGUUGGGAGUGAGGAUGUUGUGGGAGCCUCACUAGCAAGUAAAGGUGAUGCUAGUAAAGGUGGUUCAGGCAAUUUUAACGUGUUGGACUUUGGAGCUAAAGGUGAUGGAAGGGCAGAUGACACUAAGGCAUUUCAGGCAGCUUGGGAAUCAGCUUGCAAUGCAGAGAAAUCAACUGUAGAAGUUCCCUCGGGGUCCGAGUUCCUCGUUGGCCCCAUUUCGUUCUCCGGUCCUAAUUGCAAACCAAACAUUGUGUUUCAGUUGGAUGGCAAAAUCAUCGCUCCUACAAGCCCUAGUGCUUGGGGUUCAGGUCUCUUACAAUGGAUUGAAUUCACUAAACUCAAAGGGAUUACAGUGAAAGGUACAGGUACUAUUGAUGGACAAGGCUCGGUUUGGUGGAAUGACUCGCCCACAUAUGAUCCUACCGACGAAAAUUUGGACAAGGAAAGCAGUAGUGGAAAACUUCCAAGCACCAAACCAACUGCACUUAGGUUCUAUGGAAGUGAUGGAGUGACGGUCUCUGGAAUAACCAUCCAAAACAGCCAACAGGCUCACCUGAAAUUUGAUAGUUGCACAUCAGUUCAGGUUUCUUCAUUAACCAUUUCAUCGCCAGGUGACAGCCCAAACACAGAUGGAAUUCACCUGCAGAAUUCUCAGAAUGUGAUCAUUUCAAACAGCAAUCUAGCUUGUGGAGAUGAUUGUAUAUCCAUACAAACGGGAAGCUCAGCUGUAUACAUACACAAUGUCAACUGUGGACCAGGCCAUGGAAUUAGCAUCGGAGGACUAGGACGCGAUCAAACAAAAGCAUGUGUUUCCAAUGUCACAGUCCGCGACGUCAAACUGCAGAAUACAAUGAAUGGGGUCAGAAUAAAAACAUGGCAGGGGGGUUCGGGUUUAGUACAGGGCAUACUGUUCUCAAACAUUCAAGUUUCAGACGUUAAAACUCCAAUAAUGAUAGACCAAUACUACUGCGAUGGGGGUAGCUGCCAUAACGGAUCUUCUGCAGUAGCAAUUUCAGGGGUAAACUACGUAAACAUAAGAGGAACAUACACUUCAACGCCAGUCCAUUUAGCCUGCAGUGACAGCCUUCCAUGCACAGGUGUGACAUUAGACACCAUUCAGCUUGAGGGGAGUGGCCGCUCCAACGAACCAUUCUGUUGGAAGGCAUAUGGUGAACUGAAAACCUCCACUGUCCCUGCCAUUGACUGCUUGCAGUCUGGCAAUCCAGGGAAAGCUCAGGCUCACGAUUCUUGCUAA